GUCUUUUUGGAGUUCUAGACUGUAAUAUCUCAUAAUUUGAUGGAGCUGUGUUGCGAAGACAGCUGUCGUUGAUUUUUACUCAGCUCAGAUAUAUAUGACAGGUCCUCAAGCCAAUCCCCUCGUCCCAUGAUGAAUUAAGUACCAACAACUUCACCUCGUUUUAUUCAAUUCUAAGUUCUAGUGCAGGGGUGAGUACUCUAAAGCUAAACGACCUACAAUCUAAUCAAAUCUAUCAUCAUCAAUAUUGAUUUGAUGUUCCCUUGAUAUAUCCGUCCUCCAAUGAGUAUUUUCUCCACACCAUUCUCUUCCAACGAUUGAUGAUCUCCUCUAUGUGUUGGACGACUAAAUGUACAAACAAGACGGAUUGGCGACGGAGAAUUCCUCUAUUCUUCUUGACCUUGUACAACUAGUAGUUGUACAACUAGUCAAGUAGAGUAGCAGGGCGAGACGAACGAGAGCAGGCAGCACUUGGUCCGGUGCAGAAGCAACUACAUUUUGAUAUCGAUGAAGAUCGGAUCCUGUGACCGGACUGCGUGUGGUCGCAGCUCGGAACGAGGAAAAAUAUAAGCUCCUCAUCUUACAUCAUAGGGAGGAUCAGUCUUGGGCAGGAGCAAGGUUUCCAUAAGUGCUAGUCCUGCACUCACCACGAAUUUCGAAAAACCAAUUUGAAUUAUUUUUAUACAUCAAAAAGCAGAAGAACAUCAGCAUCUUGAUUUCGGCGUCCAACUUGGAGUACAAAAUGGAGCAUCAGGAGUGGGACCAGUGGGGUUGGCCUCAAAAUGCUGGAUCUUGGGGAGCAGGUGCUGGUAGGAAAGGAGCUGCAUGGCAGACUGCAAUGCCUGCGGCAGGAAUUCCACCUGUACAUACAGGAUAUCAUGUUUUAUGGCCGCUAUUAAGAUGACGUAUAACUAUAAUAUAAUUACCUACGUAGUACUUCUUUAUCUAGUAGUAGUAAAAAUACUGUCGUGCUUUUAGGUUGGAUAUAUCAAAUCAUCAUGAUUCGACGAGAGCAGUAAACAGUCAACAACCACAUGAAGAUUUUUAAUUUUUCCAUCGGUAGUUAGACUUUGACGACUUCUUCGUCGUCAAUGUCGAUGUAAUUAUCCUUGAUUUUUAUGCCACCUGCUGCUCAUCUUCUUUCAUUCUUUGCGUAUGCACCGGCUGCGACAGCGGGGACCGUGCAAAUCCCACUUGCCCGAGGAGCAGCCGGCUUCGGCGCCAGUGGAGGCUUCGGACAGACUGGUGCUACUUCUUCCUGGGGUGGAGGAAAGAAGGGACACGGUCGCUACGCUGGGUUGCAACCAAGCGGUGCGCCGAUCAAUUUUGACAUUCCAGAAGCUGAGGCUUUGCCGAUUGACGCGUUCAAGCGACGGAUCGUGCGCCACUUUUUGUUAAGGCUUCCCCUAAUCCAUCCCUGUAAACAUCCCUCAAACAUUUGCUUUUUUCAUUUCCGGAGGUUAGAUAGGAUACACUGAUGCAUGGAUGAUCACGGCAAAUAUGUGCCCCAAUACAAGGGAGACACUGACGCAUGAUAUGCUUGAGGGAUUUCCACAGGGAUGAACAAUAGGGAAGAGCUCUAAUUUUGAGGCAUCGCAUCACGUGCAUUCAAGGUGAUACGGGUUGCGGGAAAUCGACCAGAGUACCCGUCUACUUGAAAGAGAUGUGGGAUUCUGGCGUCAUGCACAACCCAAGGCAAAUCUUCGAUGACGCUGAGCUGCAAGACAUGCAACAGCUUAUGAAGAAGAGCUUCUAGUUCAAGUUCUAGAAAUACUUGUUAAUCUCGUGAGGAAUAUCUCCUGUUCUUGAACCUAAAGCUAUAUAAGCCUAAGAAUUGGAAGGGGUCGAUGAACAGGAUCCCACACGGAACCUAAAAAGAAUACGAAGCUGUAGCACGCACGCAAGAAUAAUGUUUACUCGUGGUACCUUGAUCUUUCUUCAGAAGUAUCAACGAUAGAUAAUCCACGUACCUUGUUGAUCUUUCUUCAGAAGUAUCAACGUUACUAGAUAAUCAUCCAAGUACUAAAAAUGCAGCACGAUCCUAAUAUCCCACGACAUCUUCAACUUCCCACUUUCAUAUUGCUACAAGCGGAUGAUUUCUACUGUGAUAUGCCUCGACUGAAGGUCUUGGUGACACAGCCGCGUCGUAUCGCUUGUAUUUCCUUGGCCAAACGCGUCGCCAGUGUGCUUGGAGAAGAGCUCGGAAAUUCCGUAGGGUACCAGAUUUCUGGUGACACUGCCGUGAAAAAAUCUACCCAGAUCGUCUUUGUCACUACGGGUUACUUGCUACAAGUCGUGGUGAACAACCCAGAAAGGCUGAACGAAUACUCGCACAUCGUUCUGGAUGAGGUACUACAAAGAAGAAUUAUUUUUCACGGCUUAAAUUUUUUGAUUUUUUUAUGUAACUACUAAGUAGAUGAUGUCCAUGUUGUACUUCUUCAAGUUGACAAUUAGAAACGUCUACUAUCUUCUACAGCUUCACGUUCUUGACGUGGUGGUCUUCAUCUAAAAAGCCCUAGUAGGUCCACGAACGCGACAUCGAUGCCGAUUUGGUGAACUUGGUCGUCAAGCUUCAAAUGCAGAGCUCACAUUUCCGCUUGGUGAUCAUGAGUGCGACGCUCCAGGGUGACUUGUUUGGAAAGUACUUUUGCGAAGGGCGCAAACGCGUGAACCCGAUUCAAGUGGGUGCGAAGCGUUUCGACGUUGAUGAGAUCCAUCUAGAUUUAGGAGUAGGUUAAAGGUGCUUUUGAUGUUACCGUUUGUUAUGCCUCUCCUAUUAAGGGAGAAAGGCAUAACAAGCGGGGUAAGCGAGCACUAAUAGAUGAACUACCUCUAAUAGAUGAACUACCGGACUGCGACGCUUACAGCUUUAG